AUGGUAUCGUCAGUGCUUGUCCUUACUCUCCUCCUGCAUUUCUCCGUUUGCAUAGACAUACAACGGGGACCUGAGAAUCCUUACGCAGAGACUUCAAAAUGUGAACUUAUUCGCAUUCCCGCUUGUCAGGGUUUGCCCUACAAUACCACCAUUCUUCCCAAUAUCAUGGGUCACACUUCACAAGAGGAGGCUGGUCAGGACAUCACACAAUACAACUCCCUUGUAAAAAUACCCUGUAGUCCCUCCUUGAAACUUUUUCUGUGCUCCCUCUACUUCCCUGUUUGUACUCAGUUGCAUAAACCCCUCCCUCCAUGUCGUUCUCUAUGCGAACAGAAUCGGCAACGAUGCGAGCCCAUCAUGCGAUCGUUCAGCUUUCAGUGGCCUGCUAGCAUGCAAUGCGAGGACUUUCCCGAGAAUGGUCUCUGUGUGUCCGAGGAUAAACCAGAGACGAAAGAGACCGUGGAAGCUACUUUAGAAUGUCCAGAAGAAAUGAGGGUUCCAUCCAGCUUUGAGUUUCGAAUUAGACUGAAUAGUAAACAGGUCAUUCCUAACUGUGGGAUGCCCUGCAAUCGCCACUUCUUUAGUCAAUCGAAAAGGAUUAAAUUUUCUCGGUUGUGGAUCGGACUGUGGAGUGGGCUGUGUGCUGCAUCGACAUUGUUCACUAUUCUCACGUUCUUCAUUGAUAUUAACCGAUUCCAGUACCCCGAGAGGCCGAUUAUCUUCCUGUCUAUGUGCUACUUUAUGGUGGCUGUUACGUACAUCACUGGACUUUCUUUGGGCGACAAGAGCUUCGAUUCAGCCGCCAGCCUGACCUCCAAUCCCCUCUCCAUCUCCUCCUCCUACCCGCUUCUCAUCACCCAGGGUACUAAAUUCGAGGGCUGCACCAUCCUUUUCAUGAUGCUCUACUUCUUUUCCAUGGCUGGUCAUAUCUGGUGGGUCGUUCUAACCGUCACCUGGUACCUCGCGGCUCGUUGCCACUGGGCCCAUGAAGCCAUCUUCCGCAACGCCCAGUAUCUCCACUUCGCCGCAUGGGCCAUUCCCGCUGCCAUGACUAUCUGUCUCCUUGCUAUGGGCAAAGUUGAUGGAGAUCCUCUCUCCGGAGUGUGUUUCACGGGUUUGACAGAUCCAACCAUCGUCCGAUACUUUCUUAUCGCUCCUCUUUGUAUUUCCCUUCUCUUGGGAGCCUGUUUCCUCAUUGCUGGAUUCGUCUCCCUAUUCAAAAUCCGAACCAUCAUCAAGACGGGAGGAUCCAAGACUAACGACUUGGAGAAGCUAAUAUUCCGAAUCGGGGUAUUUAGUCUGCUCUAUCUUCUUCCUGCUGCUGUAGUCAUUGCUUGUUACAUCUACGAAUCGCAGAAGAUGGACAGAUGGAUGCUUACUUGGUAUACCAACGAAGUGUGUCGAAACUUUGACUUGAGGAAGAUUGCAGGCUCCUCCAAGUGUAUUGCACAGUUGCACCAAAUCCUAGGUGAUACAGAGCCAGCUUCUUCAACUUCUGGAGGUGACGUCUUUGAUAAAAUGGACACUCCGACAUUCGAACUCUUCAUGAUUAAGUACCUCAUGACCCUGAUUGUGGGAAUAACCAGUGGAAUCUGGGUGUGGAGCUCCAAGACCCUUCAUUCGUGGCACGUCUUCUUUGCGAGGAUCUGCAGAUGCACGCCUCCACCACCACAGCCAUUUCCAGCAUCUCAAGGGGUUCAACAGGCUACAGCAGCUCAACCAAAUCGACACAUGCAGAACCGGAGUGGAUUUUCAGCUGUGAAAGGGACACAACAACACCAACAGGCGCUGUUGGAAGGUGGGAAAAUGUCGAUGGCUGAACUAGGCGGAUCAACGAACUGGUCAAGAGGUCAACCGUCGGGGGCUCCAACAAAUGCAGAGAAUCCAAGCGGGGUGACCCACCCCGGUGGUUUCAAUUGGCCUCCACCCUCACAAACAAUGGGAUUUGGCACCGCCAAUAUCGAAGUUCCCUCCAUUUGA